GCCGUUACUUCCUUCGGGCGUGAAGAGUACCCAGUCGCACGAGUCGCUGCUGACUAGCCCACCAGGCAUGCACUCUAUUGAUCUCAGCGCCCCAAACGUAGAGGUCAAGCCGCUGCAUAGCAGUGUCCUGGGUCAGGGCCAUUUCUUCCAUGUGGCCACCUCGCAGGGCAGCAAGUAUAUCUCCUGCACCACAGCCUUGGAGAGGGACAAAUGGUUGAGCAGCCUGAGACGAACCAUGAGGCCCCAAGAUGCCCACAGUAGGCGGUCAGACAGCUCGCUCAAAGUCUGGAUUGUGGAAGCCAAAAAUAUUACCCCUAAACGAAGUUAUUUUUGUGAUAUUCUGCUGGACAAAACACUCUAUGCCAAGACUUCGGUGAAGACAAUGACAGACAUGUUGUUUUGGGGGGAGCACUUUGAAUUCAAAAAUUUACCAGCUGUUGAAACCAUUACGGUCAACUUGUAUAGAGAGGCAGAUAGAAAGAAGAAAAAGGAUAAAAAUAUGUUGAUGGGCUAUAUCACCUUGACAUUAGCUGACCUGGAAAACAGACAAAUCAUUGAGAAAUGGAUCACUUGUCAGCUAGGAACUGUAGGCAAGUCUGGGAAAGAUAACAAGAGUGAGCUGCCCAUCAUUCGAGUCAAGGCACGGAAACAGACAGUGGAUAUUUUACCUCUGGACUGUUAUCAGUCAUUUCUUCAGCAUUUAACCUGUGACUACAAAGAGAUUUGCCAGAUUUUUGAACCACUAUUGGCCGUACGAGAGAAGGAAGACUUUGCCACUUGCCUGGUGCAUGUAUUACAGAAACAAGGAAAAGCUUGUGAAUUCCUCUCUGACAUCAUCUUGGAAGAGAUCUCCCGCCUGGAUGAUGAACAUUUGACUUUUAGAGGGAACAGCAUAGCUACCAAAGCCAUGGAAGCUUACAUGAAACUUGUUGGUGCAAAGUAUUUACAAGACACGCUGGGAGACCUGAUCCAACAGCUGGUUCAGUCCCCGGACGAUUGUGAGGUGGACCCCACGAAAGUAGCCACGACCCAGUUACUGAACUGCCACCAGAAGAACCUUGACAUGUACUCCAAUAUGGCCUGGGUCAAGGUCAUUAAUUCCUAUUGCUACUUCCCCACUGAACUUAGAAAUGUGUUUGCCAGUUUGCGUUCACGCUGCAAUGAACGAGGCAAGGUAGACUAUAGUGAUAAUCUUAUCAGUGGCUGUAUUUUCCUGCGGUUUCUCUGUCCAGCCAUUUUGUAUCCCAGCCUUUUCAAUCUGACCCAAGGUGAGUCGAUCAAAUAUCCAAAUGAAAGAGCCUCCAGAAAUCUUACUUUAAUUGCAAAGACAAUUCAAACUCUAGCCAACUUCACACAGUUCGGAAUUAAAGAAGACUAUAUGACCUUUAUGAAUUCAUUCGUUGAGAAAGAGGCUCCAAAUAUGAAGAUUUUCUUGCACAAAAUUUCUACUCAAGAGACAAGCAACCAGUUUCUGACAUUUGACGGGGAUAUUGAUCUUGGCAAGGAGUUGUCAGUUUUACAUGCUCUUCUGCUUGAGUGUACAGAAAAGUACUCUGAGUCAGAUGACACUGAAACCCGCUACGGUAUUCCAAUGAGCCAAGCACAAACAGUUCAAAGACAGUCCAGUGACUCCUCUGGCAGCAGCAAUGAUGGGGGAGAAGAGGAACCUUGGCAAGUGAUGCUUGUCAAGACACCAUCACCACUAGCAGCCUCAUCACCAGCAGAUCGUCAUUCAUCCAUAGCAUCUCUCCAGAAACUGACCCCGCUCCAUAGUUCCAGCAGUGAUGACAGUUUUAAUGGACAUUCAGCAUCAAGCAUUGGUAGUUCUUCUUAUUUUACUUGUUCCUCAGAUUUUAUUCAUUCGGCAUCAGAAAGUUUUAUUUUUCCACCAUAUCCAGUGCAAACAUCUUCAUCUGCAGCACCUUUCAUGAACACAGAAGCUAUAGAUGGCUGCAGUACAUUCCCCCGGCGUCGAGCUCAACAACUACCUCCAGGAAAUAACACUGACAAUUCAGCAAUUUCUCAGAGAGAUGCUAGCAGUAUGUCCACAAAAGGAACUGAUAAACCAGCCCCUUUAACUCUAAGAGGCCCUGCUUUCUACAGACAGUUAUCAACCCCUGGGCAAGACAGUGUUCAAAACAGUAACCAGACUUCACAAUUUUCACCAAAUAAAUUAUGGAUGAAAACCAAACAGGCAGUCCAGCAGAAAAAUGUACGAGUUGUAAAAAGCUAUCCAGGAAUAUUGUCAACAGCUGCGGACAGCAGUAAUGAAAGUCAUUAUAAGAGCAUUCAGAGCCCAAGUCCUUUAUCCAGUCCAGGGUUUACAUCAGGAGAUUACAGUCCUCUCGGUGGCAGCAGUGCCACGUCUUCCGGUUACUCAAGCCCACAAGUCCAUCAAAGACUAGAUAGGGGAAGUUUAAUUUCAUCUGCUACAAAUGCAGCAACCACAGGAACAAGGAAUAUUCAAGGUGUGGCCCCCAAGCCACCAAACCUUCUCACAAAAUCAGUGGGGUGGCAGGUUGCAAAGCAGGUAGAAAGACCAAGUUCACUACAGGAAACAAGCAGUAGUGGAGCAUCUUCACCACAGAGUCCCAAGUUCUCAGCUCAUAACAGCAUGUCCAGCUUGCAUGAAUCCAGCAGUGCUCACAGCAUUGGUUCCCCAACCACAUCCUCACAAUCAUGGAGCUAUACAAUUUCCCAGAGUGACUCCAACACAUCCAUUAACAGUCCGACCAGAAUACAACAGAGACCACCUGCACAAAGUGACUCAUGUGGAUCUUUGGAAGCACUCAGUGCUUCCAGGACCUCGCAGACCUCCUCUAGUUCAGUUGGUUCAGUGAGCAGUGGCAACAAUAAUUUGGGCUCCCCAUGUCAAACUCAGUCUAACAACAGCCAUAACCAGAUGAACUCCAUGAUGCCAGCAUUCAGCACCAGGCUGUCUAGCAGAAGUGAUACCCAGAUCAACACAAGCUUUCUCCAGACAAAACCUCUUCCUCAACCUCCUGCAUUCUUGACCUCAAAGUAUGCAGUUGUUCGCCCACAUACUGCAAAUCCAACACCAAACUCACGCUCAGAAAGAGCUGCAUCUUAUCAUUCAUCUCAAGAAGCAACCAAACCAAGGUCUAGGUUUCCACCGGGGUAUUCCACAUCUCGUAGUCUUGACCUCGGCUACCUCGCCAAGCAAACAGAUGAAACUGUUUUUUCUGCAGACAUAAAAUCUAUUCCAGACCAACAUUCAGAUCAGAUAUCACCUACAGGAUCUUCUAGCAAUCGGUCAUUGGCUGAUGGAAGUUUGGGAUCUAUAUCAAACAGUCCAGCCAAUAGCAGACUGUCACCGCAAUCUUCAGUUCACAUGGGGAUUAAUUCUGUGAUGAGGAAACUACAGGAACAGGAGAAAACAAAACAGGAAUAUGAACAAGAGGUCCACGUGCUCCGCCAGCAGCUGUUGGAAGCCCAGGAGAGACUACAACAAACAGAAAUCAGACUGCUUGACCAUGAGAUGGAGACACACAAACUGAUGGAUGAGUGGCAGUAUCGCCUGGUAGAGUCUGAGGAGAAAAUGAAGAGGCAACAAGCAGAGAAGGAUGAACAGAUGAAAGCUAUUACUAUUAGGCUCCAUUCAAUUGAAGGGGAACUCAAAAAGGAGCAUGCAGAGAUGGUGAGUGCAGUAGAACACAAGCAACAAGUCAUAGAUGUCCAAGAACAAAGAAUUAAAAAACUGGACCAGGCAAACAGAAGACUGCUGCAGGCUUUGGCAGACCUCAAGGGGAGGGCAUCCACAGGCGUGACAGAUGAGAACAGUAAUUCUGCCUCAGAUUGUAAUGGGGAGUUUGAAAAUAGUGAAGUUGCUGGGUUUAGAACUAGCUCUUGUUAG